AUGAAACACUGUAAACCACUUCUUCUUCUCCUCUUCUUCCUCUACUCCCAUGCAAACUCUCAAUACCAACAACCAUCUCCUCCAUCUCCGGCUCCUGCUCCGGCGAUCAAAGCCGCAUACUGGCCAUCAUGGACCUCCCAAGCCUUACCUCCAUCUUCAAUAAACUUCUCCUUAUUCACUCACAUAUACUAUGCCUUUGUUCAACUAAACGCUACCACCUUUGAGUUGGCAAUCACUCCAUAUGACCAACAAUGGCUCCCCAUCUUCACCUCCACUGUCCACUCUCACUACCCUCCCUUGAAAGCCCUGCUCUCCAUCGGCGGCGGUGCGAGCAACACCACCACCUUCUCCAACCUCAUCAACAACUCAACAACCAAAACCACAUUCAUAACCUCAUCUAUAUCCAUCUCUAGAUCAUACAACCUUGAUGGACUAGACUUAGACUGGGAGUUUCCGAUCACCGACGCCGAUAUGUCACUGCUCGGAGAUCUCUACAAAGAAUUGAGAGUUGCAGUUAAUGAAGAAGCUUUAAUCUCCGGCAAGCCACCUCUUUUGCUUACCUCCGCUGUGUACUAUGCACCAAAAGUCAUGAUUGUUUCACCGCCGGCGAUGUAUCCGGUGAGAUCAAUGGCUGAGAAUCUUGACUGGAUAAAUGCAAUGUGUUUUGAUUAUCAUGGUGGAUGGGAAAAGUGGCAAACCGGAGCUCAUGCAGAGCUUUAUGAUCCGAAGAGUAAUGUGAGUACAAGUUAUGGAAUUAUGAGUUGGAUCAAUGAGGGUAUGCCGGAGAAGAAGGUGGUGAUGGGGUUGCCGUUGUACGGGAGGACUUGGACGUUGGUGAAUGAGUCGGAGCAUGGGAUCGGUGCUCCGGCGAAUGGUGUUGGGCCUGGGGUGCAAGGAGUGAUGGUGGUGGCGUCCAUUGAGAUGUUUAACAGGGAGAGGAUUGCUACUGUGGUUUAUGAUGUAGAGAGGGUGGCUGCUUAUUCUUUUGCAUGUUUGGAUUGGAUAGGAUAUGAUAAUGAGAAAUCGGUGUCGGUGAAAGUUGUGUUUGCAAAGGAGUUGGGGUUGGGUGGCUACUUCUUUUGGGCACUUGGCCAAGAUGACAUUAAGUGGAGCAUUUCAGAAGCAGCUUGGGUUGCAUGGGAGGAGUUCUGAUGAUGAUGCCAAAGGUAAGCUUUUGGGAAUUCUAUUGGGAAAUUGUAUCUAAAGCUUCACUU